AUGUCGGAAAAGAAUCUAGACGCGGAAAGGAUGAAUCGCGAAGGUGGCGCUGAUGCUUGGGGUUCUCAAAGGCCAGAAACACCGCCUUGGGAUGCAGCAGAGUAUAGUCAACUCAUCUCUGCAGGGCCGUUGCUGUCACUACUAGAACAGUAUGCAGGCGUAGGUUCUUAUGACCAAAACACUCUCAGGGGGGCCCCAUGGCAAGUUCAGUCACAAGGCACUAACACUGACAUAUUUACGGGCAACCAACCUCAACUAGCUAGUAUGGCUAAUCAAGGGCCUUCAUGCAGCCCGUGGCAUCAGCCAGCACCCAUGUACCUGCCAUCGACGUCAUACACAGAACCUACAACUACAGUGAACAGCGGUGCGGGGACAUCUACUCUGUACUGA